AACCUCUAUCCGCAGCAGCGUAGGUCAACACGCACGUGCAACCACUUAACGUCUCUCAGCACGUGCAACACUGAUUCGAGUAUUAAUUCAAGCAGGACUUCCACAGUAAAAACGAUACAAAUAUUCCAAGACAGCACCAUGUCAAUGAAGGUCACCUUGGUACUACUGAUGAUGGUCACCGUGUUGGGACUGUGUGUCUCUCAUGCACACGUCCACCACAGGCAGGACCGCCAGACUCAAGAACGGACGAAGCCCCUGAUUCCAGAAAAGACGCAGCGCCAAGUGCAAUACCAGACUUCGUCCGGAACGCAGGACACAAGUUCCUCUCAGACGCUACCUGGGCAGUCGAACGAGACCGCGUCCCUGACGCAGGAACAGACCGCGUCCCAGACACAGCCUCAGACCCAGGGCACCAUUCCCUGCCCAGAGACGCUGGCUUCUCAGUGUAGCAGACUAUUUUUCUCAGUAACUAUAUUACCAGAUCCCAAUGACUGUAGCAGUUACUGCCAAUGUACUCAAGCCAAUGCAGGAGAAAUGGUCACCUGUCCAACGGGAUAUUACUUCAGUGAAAACCGUAAUAAAUGUUUGUGGGGAAAGGCGAGUUGGUGUAGUUGUUCCUCCACCUGUUCUACAACUGGUGUAGUUCUUCCUCCACCCGCUGGCGACAAUCACCUGCCGGUGAUUGUCGCCAGCGGCGGAACAAUGGCUCAGUUGAAAGCCAACGAAAACGUGAAAUACCGACAAUAG